UACUGCAGCUCACUGCAAAGUCACGCAGUUGUAAAGGCUGAGGAUCACAGCAACAUAUACAAGCAAAAGUUUUACAAAGAGAUCAGAGUGGGAAAAAAAUGUCUGGUCAGGAAGUCAGCCUUUCCAACAAAGAGGAGAUGUUCGUGGUGACCGUAAUACCGCUGCUGAAAGAGGGCAUCCUUUGCUUUAAUAAUCUUUCAGUCGUUGUAUUUACUAAUGAAGGCAAAACGGAGAACAAAUACGAUGAGCUUCGUUCUUUAAUUGUUAAAGGGAAGGAUAACUUUGUGCAAGCAGAGCAAAGAGCUUCUGGUAUUUUAGCCAGUAUAGAUAAAGAGUCUGAGGAAUUAACCCAACAGAAAGGAAAACUGCAACGACAACAGGAUGACAAGAAAACUGAAUACAAAAACCUACAAGACCAGCUUGCAAGUCAGAAAAACAUACUACAGGAGCAUCAGAAAUCGUUAGAAAAUGCAAAUACAUACUUACAAGCAACAAAGGCAAAAGUUGAUGAGAUGCGUAGAAGAAUGGAGAACGAUGAAGCUGUGAGGAACACUGGAAUCGGUCUGAUGUUUAUUCCAUGCGUUGGAACCAUAAUUGGAGCUACCCUGGUUGGGGUCUACCAGACAGAUCUGAACAACGCGAAUGAUGCUAAAAAUCAGGCUCAAAAUGAAGUUUACAACUGGGAGCGUCAAGUGGCAAGUAGUUCUCAAGGUGUUUCUGACUGUCAGACUAAGAUCAACCAGAAGACACAGGAGAUUUCUGAAGUUAACACCUGUUUGGAGUCAUUACAAAGAACCAUAGAAGACGUCACACAGCAGCGCUUUGUUAUAGCCGAUAUCCAAGAGAAAUUCAGGAACGCAGUCAGGGUUUUGACUGAUAUAGCUGGGAUAGCUAAAGUAGGCGAGGCACAGACCAGGAAGUUUAUUUUGUUUGAGCCCCUCAUGACAGUAUUAGAGGAAAUUUUUAAAUGUGUUCUCCAAAUGUCAGAGAAGAAGGGCCAACUCCAGUCCAUCGAAACAACUUUAAAACCAAUACAAAGUGCUUUUGUAGAGAAUGUGACAAAAAUGAAAGCUUUGUGUGCCGAAGGGAAUGAUUACUGGUAGGUGAAAUGAAAAUAAAUUAAAUGAAAGCCAUAAAAGUCAGAAUUUAUGUUUUAUAUGAAAUGCAAUAUUACUGUUUGUAUGUUACCAUAUCCAGCAACAGAUUUUAAUUUCUCCUCACCAGAAGAAAAUAGUUUGAGAACUAUUUUUUUUUACAGAGCAUCACAUAUAACAAAACAAAACGUUUUUUACAUUUAUUAUAUAUCUUGAAUUAAAUGCUAUAGUCCAAAACACAUGUAAAUAAUCAAUAUAAUUGUAUAAGAAUUAUAUAUUACACACACACACACACACACACACACACAUAAUCACACAAAUACUGUAUAUUACUAUUAGGCUAGAUUCAACACAAGUGACAUCUAGUGGGCAAAUCAAAUAGUCCAAAAAAACUGGAUGAUUUUUAAAAAAUAGUUUCAAUUAAGAUGAGUAAAAAUACUGCUCUGAAAAAAAUUAAGAGACCACAGCACAUUUUUUUGUUUAAUUUAUUUCCCAAUUUAUGGGUGUGGUCUAAAUAAUAUAUAUAUAUUUUUUUUUGCAAACUGCAGCCUGGUUCUUCUCUGUUUCUCAUGAAUGAAGGGCUUCUUCCUUGCUUUAUGGGACGUCACAUCCCAGUGUCUCCUGCUUCACAUUGUUCAUGUCUACUGCUGUCCUAGAUAUUUUGUAGCCUCUGCCAGCAGAACCACGAUUAAACCCGGAUUUAAAAAUGCAGAUUCUUAAAAAAUAUGGAGUAGUCUCUUAAUUUUUUCCAAAGCUGUAUUUUAAGUCGUACUGUCCGCUAUGGUAAUGUUCAUUAGUACAAGUUCUUUCAGAGCAGAUAACUUUAACUAAGGCAGUAAUUGGUUAAAUAUUACAUGCUAUAAUUUUGUUCUGUUUACCCAUGUUUUAUGGUUCCAGCAUUGAAAAGUGUCAUUUGUGACUAUUGUAAAGUGUUUCACACAAAUGCAAGCUCUCUGUGUUUAUGAAGGGAGAAGAACCUCCUUCCUAUGUUUAUGGGAAAGUAAGGAAGGAUCUGUAAUACAGUGCAAGGUUUGUUUGCUUUUUUCUUUGCUGUUUUUUCUUUAAGUAAAAAUAAAGUUUUUUAUGAUUUAGACAUACAA